UUGCUGACGUUGAAAAUUGAAAUUGAGGUGAUGAAAAUGAUUUGGGUUAAAAUUUUUUGAUGCAUAAUUCUAUUGAUUUAUAAAAUUCGAGUGUGUAAUUUAUAAAAUUCUUAAUUAUUAAUAUUAAAACGUAAUAAUGCAUACUGUUAUAGCACGCGGCAAUGCUAUUACAGCAUAUACUUUAAGUGUUGCGGCGUGUUUAACAUUUUGUUGCUUUCUCUCUGUUGCAUUUAUUGAUUAUAAAGCAAAUGCAACUUUAAAUACUGUAAUAGUAGCUGUAAAAAAUGUAGCAGAUUACAGUGCUUCAAGAGAAAAAAAUGAUUUGGGAUAUUUAACAUUUGAUUUACAAACUGAUCUUACUCCAUUAUUUAAUUGGAAUGUUAAACAACUAUUUUUAUAUUUGACAGCAGAAUACCAAACAGAAAAUAAUAACUUUAAUCAGGUAGUAUUAUGGGAUAAAAUAAUACUUCGUGGAGAUAAUGCUAUACUUGAUUUUAAGAAUAUGAACACAAAAUAUUAUUUCUGGGAUGAUGGUAAUGGUUUAAGAGGAAAUAAAAAUGUUACAUUAACAUUAUCAUGGAAUAUUAUUCCAAAUGCUGGACUUUUACCAAGUGUUAAUGCUUUUGGUUCUCAUACUUUUGCAUUUCCACCUGGAUAUACUUCAUUACGCAUGUAAUAUACUUUUCUAUAUAUGUAGUAAUGUAUACUCUUUAUGUUAAAAAGUUAUUCUACAUAAAGUCAAUGUGUAAUAAAUGUAACAUAAUUUUCAUGUGUAAUUAUUGAAUAACUAUGGUGUUUUUAA